AUGAGUGUAUCCGUAAAUAGUGACCCUGCUGUUUUUUCAAGACUUCAGUUAGCGAGAGCACUGAAAGAGGAUCCAGAAAGUAGUGUAAUAUUUGUCCACAGUCGUCCAAAUCCUCGCAGAUACGAUGAUGACGACCAAGUUUAUAUACCAAGACCAACUCAUUUACUUAUUCCUCCAAUUUUGAGUACGAUAGAACAAAAUGAUAAUGAUACUAAUAUUUCUCGGCCUCCGAGAAAAAGAGCAUCGUCUUAUUCUUCACCUUCAACAAAUGAUAAUCCAAGAGAUAGUAUAGUUAUGUCCGAAGAAAGACGUAGUAGUUUAGGAAAACAGGCUACAUUAAUGGAUGUUAGAGAAUCUAUAUUAACUAAAGGACAAACCGCAAAAACUCCAAAUGUUCAUUCAAGAUCAAAUAGUUUUUCAAAUUCUCGUCCAUCAUCUGUUCCGUCAUCUAUGAACAACAGUGCUCCUUUACGAUCUAAUCUCGCAAACAACAAUUCAUCUAGACCACUAUCAUCUUAUACAAAUACACAAUCUAGACCAAAUUCUGUAGUUACCAAUCAAUCUCGACCGUCUUCUUCAUACAAUAAUUCUCCUUCUAGGCCAUCUUCUUCAUACAAUAAUUCUCCUUCUAGGCCAUCUUCAUUAGUUAAUCAAUUUAAUUUUAAUGAAUCUGAUGAAUCUGAUCCUGAAUCAUCUCCAAAAUUAAUUUCAAAAAUCAAUCAAUUGGCUAUAUCAAAAACGAGUCAAACAAAGAAAUUAGACAAAUCUGAAAAAUCUAAUAAACUUAAAAAGGUUAAAGAAGAAGAAGACUCUGAUAGUGAAGAAUCCUGUGAUGACGAUGACAGUGAUGAUGUUGAUAAGGAUGAGAAGGAAACGGAUGAAAGUUCUGAUGAUACGCCUCUUGCUCUCAAAGUCAAACCAAUAAUUAAAGUUGCUUCUCCUAAUGGCUCCAUAAAGAAAAAUAGUGGUCGGAUCGAAGAAUGGCUUAAUAAUGUAUCGGGUGAUGAAUUCUCAAGCCCUGAUCCAACCAAUUAUGUGCGUAGUCGUAGACUGUCCGAUUAUACUCCAAAUCAAACAUUUAGUGCAAGUCCACUUGGUAGAGGUUCGGUUGAACAUCGUUAUCACCGUUCUUCUACCUUUGAUUCCCCCAAUCCGAAUUCUCGACGGAAGAGCCAUUCAGAAUUAUCUCCACAUCGUAAAACUGAUCUACUUAGCUCCCCACAAUUAAUAACAGGUCGUAUAUCGCCUAAUCAACGUCAAGAUUCUGGAUACUGGGCUCGUGAAACUUUAGCAGCAUUAUCGGCUGAUUCACGUCAUCAAAUGUUAAUGAAUGAUUCGUCAAGUGGGACAAGCACUUCAAGUUCCGCAAAUAUAAUGCAUCGUGAAAGAAAAAAUAGUGCUUCUACUCAUACGGAAGUCCACAUUCACCGCAUUUCCCACAUUCUCAUUCCUCACAUUCUCAUUUCCCACAUUCUCAUUCCCCACAUUCUCAUUCCUCACAUUCUCAUUCCCCACAUUCUCAUUCCCCACAUUCCCAUCCCUCACAUUCUCAUAAAGCAAGCUCUGGGAGCCCAACAUCUUGCUUCUUUAACUUUUAUCGUUCCUAGAGAAUAUACUGAAACUUUAUCUGUAUUACAGGAUCGAGCACCUUAUAGAGGCAUGGAUGAUGUAAAGAAAAUAUUUGCUGAGGAAUUCAAUGGAUUAAGUCCAGGGGAUGUAUAUUCUGAAUUUGAUGAAAUUCCAAUAGCUGCUGCUUCUUUGGCUCAGGUGCAUAAAGAUGGUCGAGAAGUAGCUGUCAAAAUUCAAUAUCCUGAUGUGAGUAUACUUUUUCAUGUGGAUAUUUGGACUAUGCAAUCAAUGUCCAAUUUAAUUUCUUUCUUUUUUCCGGAAUUCGAAUUAACUUGGAUUAUAACUGAGUUUAAGCAAAACUUGAUUUCUGAAUUCGAUUUUUUACGAGAAGCUAGAAAUGGUGAAUUAACAAAGGAGAGAUUCAAACAUCGCGCACGUGAAUUAAAAAUACCUAGUAUUAUAUGGGAAUUAACGACUAAACGUGUGUUGACCAUGGAAUUUGUUCAUGGCAUUAAAAUCAAUAAUAUUGAAAAAUUAAAAAAUUUAGGUGUAGAUCCAAAAUGGGUUCGAACUGUAUUGUUAGAAGUUUUUGCUGAAAUGAUCUUUUGCCAUGGUGUGAUUCAUUGUGAUCCUCAUGCUGGAAAUGCCCUUGUAACAAUAUCUCCAAUAACAAAUAAACCUCAACUUGUUCUCCUUGAUCAUGGUCUCUAUAGAGAAUUAUCUGAUGAAUUUCGUUUGAUGUAUUGUGAUCUGUGGAAAGCUUUAAUAUUGAAUGAUUCUAAAUCUCUCAAAAAAGUGGCUGUUUCUUUGGGUGUUCCUCAAUACAUUCAAUUCCUUCCGCUGAUUUUUACACAUCGUAUACCAGAUUCUACCACUCCUCUUGGAGAGGAUAUGUCACCUGAAGAACGUGCUAUGGUUCAAGAUCAACUAAAAAAUAUAAAAUUGAGUGAUUUCUUUGAUUUUUUGGAAUCUUUACCAAGAGAUAUGUUACUAGUACUUAGAACAAUCAAUAUAGUACGUGGAAUUCAUCGUCAACUUGGUGGAAAACCAAUGGAAAGUUUCAGAAUGAAUGCUCAAUUUGCCAUACGAGGAUUAUGGUGUGAAACAAGAAACGAGGAAAAAAGACGAAUAAGUCGUUCAAAAGAAUUGGGAUUAACUGGUGAUUAUAUUAUGAUCGGUCCAUUACGAAGGUGGUAUUUAUUUGGUGGAACUCCUAAUUUCUUUAGAACUCUGGGAUUCAUUAGGAAUUUCAUUGUAAUGACAUUUAGAUUGUAUUUAACGGAAUUGUUAAUUAAAAUUUGGAGAUGGUGGUUUUUAUAUAGAUCUAUGGAUGCUUCGGUUAUAAUGAAAAUUUAA